AUGGCCGCUCCUCAAGAAAUACAGGUAACUUUCGUCUCCGGCAAAGAUCUUCAAAACGUGAACUGGCGACACGGUCCGAUCAAGCCGUACGCCGUCGUGUGGGUGGACCCGAGCAGCAAAUUGGCCACUAAAGUCGACGAAAAGGGCGACACAUAUCCUACAUGGAACUCGACCCUAGUCAUCCCUCUUUUUUGUCCCAUCAAUGACGACACUAACCUUUACGUCGAUGUCAUCCAUGCCGGCAACGAGGAGAAGACCAAGCCUCUUAUCGGUUCAGCUAAACUGAAUCUCCGAGAUGUCUUAAAAGACAGCGGCCGCUAUGGGGAAUACGAGAAAUCACUCAAGUUGAAGCGACCUUCCGGUAGACCACAAGGUAAAGUUGACGUCAAAGUUUUAAUAAGAGGGCCGGGGUAUCAUGUGCCUGAUCAAAGCCGCGCAAUACCUUCAUACGGGCAUCCUCAAUCGGCUCCUUACGGAGCCCCUCAACCGGCACCUUACGGGGCUCAUCCAUCGACUCCGUAUGGAGCCUAUCCACCAGCUUCAUACGGAGCUCUACCGGGUUAUGGUUACCCGUAUGCUCAACAACCAUUGCAACAACCGCAAAAUCCGUAUUAUCCUUUUGCCCAACAAGGCGGCUACUCAUAUAAUGCGUACAAUUAUAAUGCUCAACCUCAACCAGCUUCAUACGGAGCUCCAACGGGUCAUGGUUAUGGCCAUGGUCAGACUCAGGCUCCAUUCGGUGCAACCGCAACCACCGUUGGUAGGUGCUAUGAAGAUAAUAAUAAUAAUAAGAAAAAGUUUGGCGGGAUGGGGGCGGGAAUGGCGAUGGGUGCAGCUAUGGGUGUGGGUGUAGGGGCUUUGGGUGGACUUGCAAUAGCGGAGGGUUUGGAUGCACCGAGAGGUGAUGAUGAUGGAGAUAAAAAAGUUAGUGGUAGUGAAUGA